AAGCAAACUUGUAUAUAUUGCCUAGGAGUUGAGAGAGGCGAGAGAGAGAGAGAGAGAGAGGAGAAGAGAGAGAGAGAUGAGGAGGGGGAAUAACAGGAAUACCAAGACAAAGAAAGCGGCAGCAGAGAAGGAUGAAGUUGAAGAGAUGCUGCAGGCGGCACAGGACGAUUUGCUCCUCAAGCUGUCCGUCGACUCUCACAUGUCCCACCGCCGUGUUUCUCUGGACGACGAUCCCGAUAUCGACCGUCGCUUUCAUGCCCUAAAACUCAAAACUACCAGUGGAGUUGCUGCUGCUGAUGCUUCCGCCUCCAAUUCCAAAUCUAAUCGGACCAAUUCCGUUCAAGUGGACGAGGAAAUAAAGGCAGUCCUCGGCGACGACCUCUCCGCUAGAUUCGCCGCUCUCAAGUCUUCAUUGCCCACGGCCACGGCCACUCGGUCCUCCUCCUCUGCAACCACCGCCACGUCAUCUUACUACUACGAUGACUUGGAUGAUGAGGAGGAUGAAGUUGAAAAGUUGAUGCGCUGGGCCAAGGACGCCGCACGCCUCGACCCUUCUCCACCUUCCGAUUCCGAUGACCCGGACAAGUCUGAAUCUGACGACUCCGACGACGACAAGAAGAGAAAGGGGAAUAGAAUAGGGCCCAAUUGUAAAUAAAUGAAAUUUUGUGUUGGUCAAUUUGAACUGAUACAUACAAAUUUAUGAAUAAAUGAAACAUUGUUGGUUGGAAAUGAAACAUACAAAUCAAACAUUA